CCCGAGGGUGAGCGCCGUUGAGCGCACGCUCAGAGCAGACAGCUCGCAGGAGGCAGGAUGUGAUGGUCUAAAGACCCUAGGAGCUGACCGCCCUAGGGAGGGAAAGUGGUCACGGAGGCGAGGCAGAGCGAACGGAGGUGGAGGAUCCUGGAGGUGACAGCAAGGAGAGCACACAAGGGCGAGGGGCUGCUGAAGCGGGCCCUGCGACUUCUGCACCAACGCGAGGCGGGAGGGAGAGAGGAAGGGAGGGCAGUGCGGUGGCGCUUCGGGCUGGCCCCGCCGGUGCGGGGGUACCAUGUCCCGCGAGCGGCCCCCCCGCACCGACAUCCCUCGCAACCUGAGCUUUAUCGCUGCGCUGACAGAGCGCGCCUACUACCGCAGCCAGCGGCCCAGCCUCGAGGAGGAGCCGGAGGAGCAAGGCGAGGGCGGGACGCGGCUCGGGGCCCGAUCCCGCGCUCACGCUCCGAGUCGGGGUCGCCGGGCCCGCUCUGCACCCGCUGGAGGCGGCGGGGCCCGGGCGCCCCGCAGCCGUAGUCCGGACACCCGCAAGAGAGUGCGUUUCGCCGACGCACUGGGGCUGGAGCUGGCCGCCGUGCGCCGCUUCCGCCCGGGAGAGCUGCCCCGGGUGCCCCGCCACGUGCAGGUCCAACUGCAGAGGGACGCCCUCCGCCACUUCGCGCCGUGCCAGCCCCGCGCCCGCGGCCUCCAGGAGGCGCUCGCCGCCCUGGAGCCGGCCAGCGAGCCCGGCUUCGCCGCCCGCUUGCAGGCGCAGCGAAUCUGCCUGGAACGCGCCGAGGCGGGCCCGCUGGGCGUGGCCGGGAGCGCGCGCGUGCUGGACCUGGCCUACGAGAAGCGCGUGAGCGUGCGCUGGAGCGCCGACGGCUGGCGCAGCCAACGGGAGGCGCCCGCCGCCUACGCCGGCCCGGCCCCGCCCCCGCCGCGCGCCGACCGCUUCGCCUUCCGCCUGCCGGCGCCGCCCAUUGGGGGCGCCCUGCUCUUCGCCCUGCGCUACCGUGUGACGGGUCGCGAGUUCUGGGACAACAACGGCGGCCGUGACUAUGCUCUACGUGGGCCCGAGCACCCGGGCAGUGGCGGAGCCCCGGAGUCCCAGGGCUGGAUCCACUUUAUCUGAGACCAGGCGCCUGCGGCCCACGGCAGAAAAAACCAAAGGCACCCGGGGGCGAGGGGAACCCGAUGUGGCGGGGAGGAAUGGGAGAAACCAAGAUUGGCGGGAAGCCGUCAGAGAGAGUCAAGUCGGGGAGGGCGAGGAGGAGGGGAGAAAUCAAAGGGGUGCGCAGGGGGUGGGCGGAAUCAACGAAGCUCGGGGACAUUGGGGUGGAAAACGCUGGUUGGAUGUGAGUGGAAGGAACCCACGGCAUAGGGGAGAAAGGGGACCCAAGAGGGCGCUGCAGGGAUUAGAAAAAAGCGGAAAAAUGCGGAAGAUGGUGAGGUUCUCUUAAGUAAGUAGGCCCAUCCGGCCUAGACAGUUGAAGGCAAAGGAACCUUUUUGGAAUUGAGGAGGUAUUAUGUGAAGUAGCCCACCCCAGUUGAAGUCAUUUUGAUUGCUAGCUCAUUCCUUCUUCUUACCCGCCUUUGCCACCUCAGGUCCCCCAGUCCUGCCCAUCCUAGCUUUAACUCAGCCAUAAUUGCCUUGCUUAAUCCCAGGAGCUUGGCCAUUGCCCUGGACCUUGGCAUUAUGACAGGAUUCUCGUCACCCCUGACAGUUCCUAGCUUCAGUCUCCAUAGACUGGCUGGCGAGUGAUGACAGCAGUCAGAGCUCCUUCCUCCAGCCUCCAGGCAGCCUUAGGGAUUAAAAUGGAGGUAAAGCAACUCCAGGGCUGUCCUUGUAGCCAAAUAAUGAUGUGCCUAAGCGGUUGGUACACUCAGGGGCUUCCAGAAGAAUUCCAGCCUUACCUUUCUGGGGUGCCUUUUAAUAACCUCUAAGCACUUUAUGGACUGUGUUUGUUAAAGGACGGUGAACCACGAGAAUCACUAUUCCAAUUUUUUCUUUCUGCCUCAGAAGAAAAGGAAGUCACUGACUAGCUGUAAAACUUUGGGCAAGCUACUUCACCUCUUUGUGCCCCUUGGAAUAUAGUAUUCGGUUAGAUGAUCUCUUAAGGCUCUUUGUUUGACAUUUUAUGACCUGUGCUUGGCAGAGUGUAGAUUAGAAGCCACAUUAGUGCUACAGUUGAGAACUCACAGCACCUGAGUGUCCAGUUAGGGCUGAGGAUGGGUCCUCUAGUUUUUGGCACAGAUGUUCCAGGGCCCAGGAAACAUCCCAUAAGCAGCCUGCAGCCCCAGGAUAUUCCAGAGCCUCUUCCAAACCACAGUUCAAACUCUGCCCUUUUUUGCUUUUGCUCCCACAGACUUCCACCCUCGGUGCUCUGAGACAACUUUGGGGAAGUGUCUCAGAGUGUUGGGGGAAAAUGAUGUGUGAGAGCUCCAAAGAUGAAAGGAAACAAUGUUGAGGGUUCUCUUGGGGAUGAAAAAUUAUGGGUAUAAGGAAUAGAAAUCAUUCCAAAUCAAGAAUCAAAGCAACUUGAAUAUUAAAUGCACCAGAAGAUGGCAGUCCGCGCCAUGCCCUUAGCAAGUGAAAUGGGAAAGCUGGAGUCUUCCACCCAUUCACAUUCAUGCCUGUGUCUCCUCCUGAUUAACUGAACUUGGGAAUCAUUCCUUUGCUGGUUGCUUGUUGUUCCUUUUCUCUCACCCUAUUCCUAACCUCUUUGCUUUUCUCUUUCUUUCGUUGUCUUCCCUUCUCAUCACUUUUCCUCUUAAUAUAUAGGGUGUUUACCUUCAUUUUGUCUGCUUCCAUUUGCCUCUCUCUUCAUCCUUGAUCUCUGCUAUUCCUUCUCCCUCCAGAAGGAGUGGAGAACCUCCUUCUUUUUCUCCAAGACCAUGGUUGCUCCACCUUCCUCCCUCAGGCUCCUUGAUAAUCUUCUAGAAGGAAGAAGAAGGAAAAGAAGAAGUUCCUGAUGCUACAGAUGAACAAAGAGCUCCCAGGUAACCAGCUUCCCAAACCCAUUUCUGUUACUGAUUUCUCAGAGAAAAAUUUCUGGAUCCCCCCUUCCUAAGUGAAGGAGGUGGGUCAUGCACAUGUGCCCACACAUGCAUUCAGAAGAAAGCAUGGGGCUUGUUACCAUGCCCCUCCUGUCCACAGCCUUAAUCCUUUGAAGAUAGAAGGAGAGGAGCCCCCAGGUCAUUCCUCAAACAAAUGCCCAUUUAAACAUCAUCCUUACCUUGUGAAGAAAACAGGAAGAAUUUCAUGCAUCUUAUGGAUCACCUUCAGGUCAAAGUUCCAGCAAAGUGAAGAGAGAAAUUGUACUGGAAGCCACCAAGCAAUACACUGUUUAUUCAUCAAUUAUUAUAACCAAGGGAGGAUAACAGGGAGACCGGGUUGAUGCUCAGUGUGUAAUAAUCUCUUGCCUAAUGUGUAUGAAUUACUGUUGUGUCAUAUUAACAAUAGUGAUAGCUCACAUUCACUUAACACUUAUCUGCUGAAAUCUGUCUAGCAUGCAUGCUCAAGACAACCCUGAGUUGAACAUUAUCAUUAUCUCUGUUUUAGAGAUGAGGAAACAGGCUCAGAGAAGCUGUUAUUUGUUCAAGAUCAUAUAGCUAGUAAAUGGCAGAACUAAGACAAUGAACCCAGGAAAUCUCCCAAGCCUCUGCAUAGCCAUGAUGUUGUAUUUUUUCCCCUUUAAAAACAAAAUUUAAAAUCUUGCAAUAUAUCAUUUCCCAUAGUUUCUGACUGCUCUGCCUUCUCAUCCUCCCAGUCUCCUGAACUGGGGAAGGCAAGGGGGCCCCAGGCUUCAUCAGUCCCUUGCGGGAGCUUGCUGUUGUCUCCUGCACCAGUGUCCCAGCUCUGUAGGAUCCGCAAGGGACCACCCCACCUGCCUUCUAGAGAACUUGGGAACCUAAUAAAACUCUAGGCUUUCCAUGCAUUGGGAUUCUCUCCCAGCCCUAGCCAACCCUCUAUACCUGUUGGUGUGCCACCCCCCUCCUCCUUCCUGCACUAGUCUUGAACAGGCAAGUUCUCUAAUGUUUCCACUAGAAGGGUCCCCAACUAGGAAAACUGCUGGAUGGUCUGUGCUUGUCGGGUCCUCUCUGGGAGCCCUGAUGAUACUGGGUGGGUAAAUGCAAACUCUGACUGGGGGCAGAGAGCUAAGGAUAAUCCUGUUCCCUGAGCUCUUUCUGUGCAAGAAGUACCAUAUUCCCAUUCUCACCCAUAUCCCCAUUCUCAGCUUUAUAGAACAACUCCUGAGUCUUCUGGUUUUUGCCAUAUUGAGCUGCCCCAGGGCUUGGGGGUAAGCUGAUAGUUCCCCCUCAGCCUGGGCUGAGCAGCCUUCUUGCACACACAAAUACUGGGUGCCUCUCUCUUUGAACCUGGGCUUACAAACUAGCAGUGCCACCAAGCCUUGUAAAAUAGGCAAUAAACUAGUAUUUCUUGAA